GAUCCCAGCAUUAUUAAGUUCGCUAGUAGGCAUUUAUACAGCUGGGUGGAGAGAGGCACUGUGAGAGAAAAGUUUCUUCCUCAAGAACGCAGCACAAGGGUUCAAAUCCAGACUGCUCAUUCCAGUGUCAAGUGCACUAACCAUGAGGUCACUGCAUCUCCACACAUGCAUGCUGAUUAAACAAUGUUUAUUAAUCAACUGUAUUUUUUUUUUCCUUGCAGCCAGUGGGAUGGCUGGUCUCAGCGGUUAUUACCCAACCGUGAUUCUAGCAAUACUUGCUUAUGUUGCAGACACAACUAAACCAGACUCUAGAGCAUUGAGGCUUGGCAUUCUAGAAGCUAUAGCCUUUGUUUGUGGGACAGGUGUAUAUUUUGGCAGUGGUGUGUGGAUCAAGAACUAUGGCUAUGAAUCAGUCUAUUUGGUAAUAUUGACAUUACAUCUCCUGAAUCUUGUCUACGUGGUCAUCUUUCUCCCUGAAUCGUUACCACAAGAGCUCAAACAGAACACAACAGGCCUAUCCUGUGAUGCUGUCAAAUCUAUUUGGACUGUUUACACGAAGAAGCGACUUGGACGCUGGGUCCUUCUAGCUCUCCUGAUUUGUUCAGUUCUUGUUUACUUAGCAGGAUUUGUUGUACAAACAUUAUUGGUUCUAUUUGGUAAAAGAGCUCCACUUUGCUGGGAAUCAUCUGUUAUUGGUUACUUUCUUGGGGCAUCACUGUUUUCCAAAGCUGUUGGUGCUGUGGUAGGAAUAAAACUUUGUUCAUGCUUAGGAAUCUCUAAUUUUGGUGCUAUUCAAAUGGGAGUGUUCUUCCUCAUAGCAAACCUGGUAAUGAUUGGAUUUUCCAGGACCACACUGGAAAUGUUCUUGGCGACAGCUCUUGGUUUCUUCAGUGGUGUGCCACAGCCCUGCAUCAGAGCAGAAAUGUCCAUAUUGGUCGACAAAGAAGAACAAGGUGCUCUUUUUGCCAUCCUAGCAUCUGCUGAAAGUUUGUGCAACUUUUGCAGUCAAUUGAUUUUCAAUCCACUGUACACUUGGACUAUAAAUGAACUCAAGGGAAAAUUUGCUGCUGGUAUAACCUUUUUCAUCAAUGCUGGGAUUUUGCUAAUUCCUAUGGUUCUUAUUGGGAUUAUUCAGAGGUUUAAACCUUCAAAACCUAAGGAAUGUCCAACUCUUAUUGACAACGAAGACCCAGUUUCAUAAAGAUGACAUUAGCAAAUGAUGUCCUUGUAUAUAUGCACUCGCACUUCGGAGCAGUUUAUACCAAUUGUACAUAUUGCAAUUUGUCGGUCUCAAAAUUCAUUCUAGGCAUGAGAAGAAAAAUUAUUUUAAUUUAAGGCUCGUGAAGUACAUACAUGCGUAAACGUUAUCCUUAGACAAACCAAAAUUUGAAAAGUAAAUGAAUUCAUUUUAAUAAUGUUACAUUUUGAAAUUCUCAAAUCCAUUCGCAAAGUACGUGACACCAUAGUUAGUAGAGGGGACUAACUAUGGUGACACAUUGUGUUAGUUACGGUGUCAAGCACAGCAAGUGUGAAACAAAUGGUCAAUAAGUUUGUUCCCUUUCGUUACAUAUUUGUAAUUUGAAAACUUGCACUGCUUUAUUUCCAAAAUCCAGAAAUCUAUGUACUUCUAUGAAACUGGCAUGCAAAGAUCUUGGUGCAGAUCAAACAGUUUAUCUACUCGAGGGAGGUUUCGGUUUCCACAAUAAACCAGUUCCCACACUAACUAUAAAUUUUUCUUGAUUUUUUUGUGGUACUGUACUUUAGGCGCCAUUUCCAGCUGUUUUGUGAGACUGCGUUCUUUGUUAUGCUAUUUAGCUUACUUGCUUGGUGAGUGAUUUCUAAAUGCAAAUGUCAAACGAUGACAGCAAAGAUCAACCAAAAGAAUCGUAAUUUAGGGUCAUCGUCAUGGACACUGUUAUCUGCACAUUAUUGUACUGCCAUAGGGCCUUUUCGAAAUUACCACCCAACAAAUAAAAAAAAUCACAAUGUUUAA